CAAAGCAGGAUGCGACAUUUGGCCAAAGUAAUGCCAUCCCAGUCUUCAGUAUGAGCCAUUGCGUCAUGGACCAUAAUAAUACUCAGACAUCCCCAGAUAGUGCAUUCAUUCAGCCCCCCUCUCUUUAAUCCUUUGUCCUGCUUUCCCCUCCCGGAGUCCAGCACCUGAAUGUGCAACUUUGUGCCGGGUUGCUUAGCGACGUCGAGUGGCGUUCCUGAGCCAAGAGAUCCACUUGUUAAAUCGAGACGUAAUGUAACACUGACAUCUUCCUCCAGCGACCGAUCAAUGAUGCCAACAGGUGUUUUGUUUUUAUUCGUGGCGGAUAUGUGCACGUAUGUUAUUUAUCAGCAUUUCGGUCAAUUGUUUUUAGAGUGAUCGAGCGCUCAAGUUGUGGAUAGGAGCAGAUGGCAAACUCAUAAUCUGCUUUGCUCAGAGUGGCCACGCGCUCCUUGAAUGCAUCAUGCGCCGAGGACUUUGACGGGCCCAAAUCCUAGCUAUCAUGUGAAGGCUUUGGCUUUUGAAGGCUCAUUGUGCCAUUAAGCUGCGCUGCCUUACCCAAGGCACUGGACUGUAAAAAUGUCACCACCGGCAUGACCAACAUUACUUAUUUAAGAUCACUACAUCAGGAGGCAACCUCGCCACCAACAACGAAUUGGCUCCUUGGGCACAAAGGUGCUAUGUUAUUACUGUACACCCUAGGCUUUUAUGCCUCCCUUGGCCUGGCUGCCCCUCAGGGCAACUUCCCCAGGCUCGAGAACAUAGGGGCAUAUAAAUCUGUCAGCACCAUGCCGACGAGGGCCACAUGUGGAAUUCCCGAGAGAAGUACUUUCUGUCAAGCCGGCCAGGUUCAGGAGGAUCUCCACACCUGUAUCCAGAAGUUCUGUAUCCAGGAGUGUCCGUAUAGCUCCUCUACGCUAGACUACACCGACAUCCUCGCCACAAGUGUGGGCAUGUGCUGGAAGGGUGAUGCACAGGACCACCGUCCAGGAGCGGAGGCCGAUUCCACCAGCUUCAUCUUUCCGACCUCGAGAGGUUGUCAGGCUUCCCCGUCAACUCUAAGCUUCGGCCCAGCGAGCUCAUUUACUCUAACAGUGUGGCUGAAACUCGAGCAAGACGCUGUAAUGACUUUAAUGGAAAAGAGCGCUGUGGGCAGACUGGUGCUGCUGGUGACAGUCUCCAAGGAUGACAUUCAGAUCCACUACGGCAUUCACAGCAAACAAAACUUCUCUAUAAGCAUGGAGACUGCAGGUCAUAUUAGCAUAGGCAUCUGGACACACAUGGCUCUACAGAUACAUAACACAAGUGUGAGCUUGUUCCUGAAUGGUCAAGAGGAUGAUGGCACAGCUUUAGACACACAAACCUUGGCAGGACCAGUUGACGACAUCAGCUCAGAGGGUGCUCUGUGGAUCGGUUCAAGUUCUAACGGGUCAAAUCAAUUCAUUGGAAGGAUGCAGGAUUUUAGAUUUUAUCCAAAGACGUUAACCAACAGAGAGAUUGAAGAAGUGUACACUGGACAAUUUCCUCACCUACACACACAGUCGACAUGCCGCUGCCCUGCCAGCCACCCCAAAGUGCACCCCCUAGUGGAGAGGUACUGCAUCCCAAACGCAGCCAAUGAUACCACCCAUAACAAAGUUCUCCGUCUGAACCAGGAUGCCCACCCCCUGCAUUACAUCAAUGACAAUGACAUUGGAACCACCUGGAUCUCCUCCAUCUUUCCCACUUUAGAGCUGCUGGACAAAGGAAUAACCAUCACUAUAGACCUGGAGAAUGGACAGUACCAGGUUUUCUAUGUGAUACUCCAGUUCCUCAAUGCUCAGCCUGAAGCGGUCCGCAUUCAAAGGAAGACAACCGGGAGCUCAGAAUGGAAGGACUGGCAGUUCUUGGCCAAGAACUGCAGCUACUUUGGAAUGAAGGAUAACGGGCCUUUGGAUCGUCCUGAUUCUGUAAACUGUCUACAGUUGCCCAGCAACAUACCUAUCUCCCGAGGAAAUAUCACUUUUAGCAUGCUGACACCCGAGCCGAACCUGCGACCGGGCUACAAUGACUUCUACAACAGUGUCCCCCUGCAGGAAUUUGUAAGAGCCACACAUGUAAGAAUCCACCUCCAUGGACAGUACCACACCCAAGAUCCCGCGGUUCCUUUCCGUCAUCGCUACUACGCCGUGGAUGAGAUCACCAUCAGCGGCAGGUGUGAGUGCCAUGGCCAUGCAGACAGCUGUGACACUAGUGUGAGUCCGUACCGCUGCGCCUGCCUCCCAGAGAGCCACACACAUGGAGCUAAUUGUGAGAGCUGCUAUCCUCUCUUCAAUGACAAGCCAUUCAGAGCUGGAGAUCAGGUACAGGCGUACAACUGCCGCCCAUGCCAGUGUUACGGCCACGCUUUUUCCUGCCACUACAAUGCCAGUAUGGAUCCUCACCCUGAAGAUCACUUUAGAGGGGGAGGAGGGGUGUGUGAUAACUGUACACAUCACACCACAGGCAGGAACUGUGAGCGGUGUCAGAGUCUGUUCUACAGGGAGGUGGGUGCACUCCUGUGGGCCAAGGACGUGUGCAAACCAUGUGAGUGCCACAGCGCUGGGACCGUCAAUGGCAGUUUAGAAUGUGAACCGAUCGGGGGGCAGUGUAAGUGCAAGCGACAUGUGUCUGGCAUACAGUGCAAUCAGUGCCAACACGGAUUCUACAAGCUGCAGUCGGCGCUGGCUGAUGGCUGCCGUGCCUGUAACUGCAAUACCGCCGGGACCGUGCAGCCAGAUAUUACCUGUCACCAGGACUCAGGUCAAUGCCAGUGUAAGGCAAACGUAAUCGGUCUAACCUGUGACCGUUGUAACUACGGCUUCAAAUUCCUCAAUCGCACAGAUCCUGACGGCUGCAUUCCCUGUGGUUGUGACCCACGUGGUUCUCUACACCAGUUCUGCAAUGCUUUCACCGGCCAGUGCGAGUGUAAAGAUGGCGUACGAGGCCUUCUCUGUGACACCUGCAUCCCUCACUUCUACAGUCUGAACGGCAGUGGAGUCUGCCUGCCCUGCGACUGCAGUCCAAAUGGAUCCGUUCCUGGUGCCUCCUGUGAUGCGGUUACCGGACAAUGUAGGUGCAAACCUCACACAGAGGGCCGGCGGUGUGACAUGUGCCGGGAUGGAUACCACAGUCUGGACAGCAGCAACUCCUUGGGCUGUGUGCCUUGCCAGUGUGAGCUCAGAGGCACGGUGAAUGGCUCAGAUGUGUGCGACAAGACCACGGGCCAAUGCAUGUGUAAAAACAACGUAGAGGGACUACGUUGUAAUCAAUGCUCAUCUCACACCUACAACCUGAGUUCUGCCAACACCACGCAUGGAUGUCAACCAUGUCACUGUGAUCACAUGGGCACCGUGCCUGCAACCGUGUGCAACCCUGUUAGCGGUCAAUGCGUCUGCCUGCCCACACGCUACAGCCAAGACUGUGGAACCUGUAAACCAGGUUUCUUCCUGUCUGAGGCGGGGUUCAGUGAGUGUGAAGUGUGUGAAUGUCACUCAGUUGGAGCGGUGGGGCAGGUGUGUGCUGCCCACUCAGGGCAGUGUGUGUGUGCUCACCCAUCACUUACCGGUCGCAGAUGCGACCAGUGCCAGGAUCUCUUCUUUGGCUUUAAUCCAAGUGUUGGCAGGUGUGAGCCUUGUGGAUGUGAUCCUGUCGGGGGAUUCAAUGGCACGUGCCACCCCCAGACGGGGCAGUGUUUGUGCAAGCUGUAUGUGACUGGAGAUAAAUGUGACAUCUGUGUGGAGGGAGCCAGUCACAUGGAUCCAAACAACUACCUGGGGCACAAAAAAGAUCCCCAACAGCAGCCUCCUCCUCUCGGCCAGGUUCUGAACUCCACGGCUAUAGAUCUGACCUGGAGAGCCCCUGACUCCCCCAACAGUAAUGAACUGAUGUACACACUGCUUCGAAACUCAGAGAUCAUCCACAUCAGCCACAGCCAGCACCCAUUCGGAACUAUGCAUUACACAGAUGCUUCUUUGUCUCCUUAUAUGGCAUAUUCUUACCAGCUCAUCACUAGCAAUAUCCGUGCUAACACCAGCAGCGCCACGGUCAGCUUACGCACCCUGUCUGCUGUACCUGAGCGAGAGGAACUCCAAUUAACCCUUGUGGGUCGACCCAAGCCCACCAGCGCCUCCUUUAACUGGACAGAGCCUUUGAACACCACUGGUCCAGUGAUCAGCUAUACCCUGAGCUCGAUACAGGAUCUGACUGGAGAAGAGAGGAUCCACUACACAGGACUUCAAACAGAGGCUACCGCUGAGGAGCUGCAACCCUUCACUGGAUACAACUUCAGUCUGCAGGCUUGCACUAAUGGAGGCUGUGCUCGCAGCGAGAGUCUGGUCAUACUUACUGCUCAGAUACCUCCUCAGCAGCAGCCUGCACCCACAAUCACAACCUUAGGGUCAUCACAACUCCAAGUGGACUGGGAACCUCCAGUGUUACCUAAUGGCAUAAUUAUCAGAUAUGAGCUUUUUAUGCAGCUGCAGAAUGAGUCGCAGAGAAACGCCACCAGUUACGGUCCAGAGCAAAGGGUUUUCCUCAGUAGUGGCUGGCAUAACCCACGGCGGUCGUUGAGCUCGGCCAAUGAGAACGCUCUAACACCGCCUGAGAGCAGUACGGUUGUGUCCAAUCUAGAAUCCUUUUCCACCUACCGCUUCAGAGUGCUCACAGUUAACAUGGCCGGCAGUACCCUGUCAGAGUGGGCCACGGGGCGAACUGCAGAAGGAGUGCCCGAGUACAUGCCCCCUCCUCACGUGUCCCCUGUGUCCUCGUGCUCACUCAGAGUGAGCUGGGAGAUGCCACAGGACAAAGACGUCAGGGGCGAAGUGACUGAGUACAGAGUCAACCUUCAACAAGAACAAAUGUCCAAUCCAUACGCUCCACCUAUAGUAACACAGGUGCUAUACAGUGGAUCAGCACAGGAGCGGAGUUACACGGCAGGAGGACUGAAGGCCUAUGAGGAGUACAGUUUUACUGUAACUGUGUGCAACAGACAGGGUUGUGUGAGCAGUCCACCUGCAUCAGGCCGAACUCUGCCUUCCGCUCCUGCAGGUCUGAGCGCCCCUACAUUAAGGCCGCUGAAUAUGACUGUGAUGAAGGUUUCCUGGGAUGCCCCUGCCGAGCUGAACGGGCCUCCACCUUUGUAUCAUGUGGAGCGGACGGAUGUGUCUUUGUCUGACACCCAGGGUCGGGUUAUAAGGGGGAGACGCUUUACAGGGAGUGGCUACUUCAGAUUUCCCAGCUCCACUUUGCCUGUCAACACUGACUUCACAGGCCUGCAGCUGAGUUUCCGGACACGCGUCGAGGAGGGGCUAUUGCUAUUUGCGGUUUCCCCUGGAGAACAGGAGGAGUAUGUCGCUCUGCAAAUACGCAAAGGCCGUCCAUACUUCCUCUUUGACCCUCAGGCCUCAGCCGUGGCCCUCAGCCCUCACAAUGAUGGAGGUAGACGCUAUAAUGACAACCAGUGGCACCAUCUGAUCGCUACCAGGAAACAGGCCAUGGGAACAAUCAUUGUCGACAAUCAAUACAGCGGAUCAGCAUCAGCCACAAGUGGGAACACCAUCAUCGGUCAGAACACGGGUGUCUUCAUAGGAGGGAUUCCAGAGAAUUUCCCCAUUCUUAGAGAAGACACUGGUCAAGCCAAGCUGGUGCAGCAGGGGUUUGCUGGGUGUUUAAGAGAUUUGAUGGUGCAGAAAUCCAGUGGCACUACUGAUGCAUGGGAGCCUCUGGACUGGCACUCAGCACUUGAAAAACAUGAGACCUAUGAAAGCUGGGAGGGCUGUCCUGCUGUCUCUGAAGAUGGGGCUUACUUCCUAGGACAUGGGUUUCUGAAGGUCAAGCCUGAAAUAUUCGCUGGAGGAGAUUAUUUUGAAAUAUCAUUUGACUUCAAAACUGAUCAGCUAAAUGCAAUGCUGUUGUUCGCUUAUGAUAUAGAGGGGAAAGAUUUCAUUUUGGCGGAACUGCAGGGUGGAGUUCUCUUCUGGGUGUUGCGUUGGGGUGAACAGACGGCAGAGUUGAGCGUAUGGGUGGGCCUGUCCUACUGUGAUGGGGGCUGGAACACUUUAAAUGUGCUGAAGAGAGGCCCGUUAGCAAGUGCUGGCCUCAAUGGCGUAUAUGAACAGGACAGGAAGGGCAUAGGUGGCCCUCUGACCAUCAGCUCGCCACUCUAUCUAGGGGGAGUCCCACCUGGAGUGAAGCACCCAGCCCUGAACAAACACAGCCUUCUGCACAGUUUUGGCGGCUGUAUCAGGGAUGUUAGAUUCGCGCGUGGGCCUGUCGUAAGCUUGGCGGCCGUGUCCAGCAGUGCUGUCAGAGUCAAUCUGGAUGGAUGCCUGUCAGCUGACACCAGCGUUAACUGCAGGGGAAACGACUCCAUUCUGGUGUACACGGGCAGAGACAGGAGCGCAGAGGACCUGACACUGCAGCCCUUCACGGAAUAUUUGUACAGAGUGAUGGCAUCAGGAGAAGGCGGUUGGACAGCUGGGCCGUGGCAGCGGGGGCGCAGUGGAGAGACAGUUCCACAAAGUGUGCUGCCUCCCUCCAGAGUUGGGAGUGUAAAUGGUUCCAGCGUGGAGGUGAGCUGGGAGGAGCCGGCGGAGGUCAGAGGUGUAAUUGAGAAGUACGUACUGAAAGCGUACAGCCGGGACCGUCCCUCCUCCCCCAUCAGUGCCACCUUCCCCCACUCUCAGCACCCGACAGGCACUUUAAGUGGCUUGGCUCCUUUUAGCAGCUACAGUAUUACCCUAACGGCGUGCACUCAGGCCGGGUGCAGCGAGAGCCCGUUCGCCACCAGCUUCAGCACUCCACAAGAGGCUCCGGAGGAGGUUCCUUCACCUUCUGCGAUCUCUUACCCCAACUCUCUGUCUGUCCACUGGAACCCUCCACUCAAACCCAAUGGCAUCAUCAUCCAAUAUAUCCUCUACAAAGACAAUACUUUUGUGUACCAAGGCAACUUGACCAGCUUCAAUAUCACAGGUGUUGGUGUAUUCACUCCUCAUAAGUUGAUGUUGAGUGCUUGUACUGAGGCAGGAUGCACCAACAGUUCCCAGGUUACCCUGUUCACAGGUCAGUUGCCCCCCACGUAUGUAGAGCCACCCACCCUGACCGCACUGGAUGCACGCAGUAUCCACAUACAGUGGGCUGCUCCAGUGGAGGUGAACGGCCUGCUGGAGUUCUACAUGCUGUACCAGUCUGCCUUAGGAGAAGAGCCGGUCGUCGUCUAUAACAGCUCUGAGCUUUUUGAGGAUUAUACAGUGCGGAACCUCGUCCCUGGAUCAAUCUACCUGUUUCAGAUAGCAGCUUGCACGGGAGGUGGAUGCACCCUCAGUGACCCCAGCGUCGCCCACACUGAAGAGAGUUCACCAGAGGAAGUGCCUGCCCCCAACAUCCUGUCACUCUCCCCAUAUUCCCUCAAUGUGUCCUGGACCCCCCCUCGAAAGCCCAAUGGUGUGAUUAGCAGCUAUGGUCUUUGGAUGGAUGGCACGCUGGUGCAAAAUUCGUCCCUCAUGGGCUUCGAGGUCAGUGAUCUGUCCCCAUGGAGCCUCCACAGCUUCCGUGUGCAGGCCUGCACGGCUCAGGGCUGCGCUCUGGGGCCCCUGGUGGAAGGCAGGACUUUAGAGACCCCUCCCGCUGGUCACAUGUCCCUGUAUGUUCUCAGUGAGACUCCACAUUCAGUGCGAGCCAAGUGGGAGGCCCCAGCUAAACCCAAUGGAAACCUGACCUACACAGUCCUCUUCACCGGUCCAGGCCAAACCUUCAGCAGUUUCGAAACGCCAGACACAGAGACAAGAGAGCUGCUCAGCACUGAUAAAGAGGGCCAGUGGGUGUCUAUGGGAUGGACUGCUCUGCCAUAUUCUAAUUACACUGUGCCUGGGGAAGGCCUGUUCAACAGUCAGGGCUGUGUGGAGAGCUCUCCCACCAGCGUCUCUCUCCCACCAGGAGCUCCAGAUGGCCUUCUGCCCCCCAGGCUGGCAGCUGCCACCCCCACCUCACUGCAGGUGGCCUGGGCUGCUCCAGCCCGACACAACGCUCCCGGACCUCUGCGCUACCAGCUCCAGAUGAGGACUUCAGCUUCCCCACAAGUUCACCAGUUAAUGGACGAUGAGACGACUGUAUUUAGUCACAUGGUUAAGGACCUUGAACCCUUUACAGAGUAUCACUUCAGACUGCUGGUGUCCAACAGCCAUGGAGAAACCAGCAGCCCAUGGGUCUCUUUUUUUACUGCACAAGACAAGCCUGGAUCUAUUGACCCUCCUGUACUCUCUGACAUCCAACCCAGAAGUGCUUCUGUCUCCUGGUCUCCACCGUCCCAGCCCAAUGGCAUCAUCACCCAUUAUAACAUCUACCAAAACCAGCAGUUAAGUGUCAGUGUGCUAGGAAACAGCACCAGCCACACUCUUUCUCAACUUACACCCUAUCAGCAGUACACCAUAGUGGUGGAGGCCUGCACAGCAGCAGGAUGCACUCUUUCCUCUGAGUCCUACACCAUACGCACCCCUCCAGCCCCCCCAGAGGACGUCCCAGCCCCGCAGCUUUACUCAGACACCCCCACAUCAGUGCUCUUGUCCUGGGCCCCACCACGUCAUGCCAACGGUGAACUGGAUGGCUACACCAUUGAGAGGAGAGUCACUGCCACACAACAGAUUUCUACUGUGGCCACAUUGCAGCCCAACCAGACAUUCACUUACCUAGACAGCUCUGCUACACUCAGCCCCUGGACCAAUUAUGAGUACCGCAUUGUGGCGCACACAAGGCUGGGUGGAUCCAAUAGCAGUGAGUGGGAGAAAGUGACCACUAGACCAUCAAGACCUGCAGGACUACAGUCGCCUCAUGUGCUGGUUUUGGGACCAGAGUCAGUACAGGUUACAUGGACCGCUCCACUCAUACCCAAUGGAGAAGUUGAGCGCUACGAGAUCCGCAUGCCUGAUCCACGCAUCUCACACACCAAUACGUCCAUGCUCCACCGUACUGUUACCAACCUGCUGCCCUACACCAACUACAGCAUCACCGUCCUCGCCUGCUCAGGAGGUGGAGGCCAUGUUGGAGGCUGCACUGAGAGCUCUCCAACACUGGUUGCUACAUUACCCACAAUUCCAGAAGGUUUGCCAUCCCUGUCAGUAGUAGCCAUCAGUGAAUCUUUCCUGGCUGUUUCAUGGCAACUCCCUUGGCCGAAUGGGCCCAACAUAAGAUUUGAGCUGUUGAGACGGAAAACCCAGCAGCCCCUGGCCUCCCGUCCCCCUGAAGAUUUGAAUCUGUGGUACAAUGUUUAUGCAGGAACCAAAUUGUUUCAUGAAGAUAAAGGCCUUAGCAGGUACACAUGGUACGAAUACAAACUUCUGGUUCGCAAUGAUGUUGGCUACGCUUCAGGGGAGGUUGCAACAGGGGUCACACUGGCUGGGCUACCCCUCACCCCCAUCAGCAUAUCUGUCCAAGUUCUCAAUCAUACAGCGAUCCUGGUCAACUGGACCACCCCCACUCUACAAGAUUUGCAGGGAAGUGUGGAGGACUACAUCCUUAUGGUUCUGUCCACCCAGCACAGACAGACUCUUACUCUUGAUCCAGCUGUGACCUCUGUGGUCAUCUCUGACCUGCAGCCCAGCACAGAGUACAAGCUCUCCUUGACUGUAUCCAACGGCGCUCACAACAUUACAAGUCCUGAGGUCAUCUGCACUACUACAGAUGGAGAACCUGAAGGAGUCUUUCCUCCAGAGGUGGUGGUCCUAAAUAGCACAGCAGUGAGGGUGCUAUGGACGGCUCCUUUCGUUCCAAAUGGUGUAGUCACAAAGUACUCCAUCUAUCUUGAUGGCCAUCUCUAUGAGUCCACUAGCAAUGGAACUGGAUCACUGGAAGUUGGAGGACUUUUGCCAUUCACUGUACACAGUAUUCAGGUGGAGGUGUGUACUGUGUACGCGUGUGUGGAGAGUAACAGCACUCAGGUGACCACGGUUGAGGACACACCGACUGAAAUCGCCAAACCUCAGAUUCAAGUGCUUAGCUCUAGAUCAGUUAAACUGGACUGGACAUCACCUGGUAAGCCCAAUGGCAUUCUGGGAGGAUAUGACGUGUGGCGGAGGACUCUGCAGAGGUGCGAGGAGCUGCAGACCCAGCAGGCAUUUGCUCCUCAGGCUCACUGCUCGUACCUGGAGUGCCUUGCAGACCAAGACUUCUGCGACAAGACCUGGUAUAAUCCUGAGACACAGGUAUGCUGUGCAGGGACUGUUCACAGCCUAAAUCAGUCUCAUCAGUGUUGUGAAGAGCAUUACAUUCCAGCUUUAGAGGAUUCUGGGAGUGUGUGUUGUGGAGGUCAGUUGCCUUUGCCUCAACACCAGUGCUGUGGAGGAUAUUACAUACUAGUUCCACCAGGAGAGGUCUGUUGUCCGGACUCUGUGGAACGGCGUGUAUCUGUUGGUCUUGGGGACUCAUGCUGUGAUGGGAGUCCUUUCAUGUCUGGAGCCGGACAGAUCUGCUGUGGGGGGCGUCUUCAUGAUGGCUUCAGCUCCCAGUGUUGUGGAGGACAGCUGGUCCCAAGAGAGACAGUGUGCUGUGGGGAUGCUCACCAGGGGACGCCCCAUAAACAUGUAUCAGGAUUCAUCUGCUGUGGAGAGCACUACAUCAACACAUCCACUUCCUGGUGCUGCAUGGGUCCCGGCGGAGAGUCUAAAGUCCAUGUGGUGGAGAACAGGAUGGCGUCGCUGAAGUGCUGCUGGUCAGAGGUGAUUGAUCAGGAGGAAGAGUGUUGUAAUGGAGUGGGCUUCAAUCCGCUCACAUCUGUGUGUGCUGACAGAGCCCCGGCCAGCAUCCUCAUCCCGGAGAAAUGCCGCCCCAGUACGGUGUGUCCUGUGUCGAUGGCCGUAGGAGCGUACUGUGGCUUGUGUGAUUUUAGCCUGGCACAGUCUAUCUGUACAUGGGUACCAGGUGAGCUGGUCCCCAUGCACGUUUUAUCUCCCUCUGCUGUUGCCGCCACCCAGACAGAAGCUCCUUCUGCUGCCGCCCACAGCCAGCUCUGCCCAUCCUCAGAGGAGCUGAUAUACAGUGGAAUGGCAAACCGAUACAGUUUCACAGACACUGAACUGGACCCUUACACCAGUUAUGAGUAUAGGAUUGGUGCCUGGAACAGCUUUGGCCGUGGGUUCAGUCCCUCCUCUCUUGUCACUACUAAAGAAGAUGCACCCUUGGUUGUGUCUCCUCCUCACUGGAGCCAUGUGGGUCUGCGUGAUGACAUCAUCCAGCUUGAAUGGUCAGCCCCAAACAAGCCUAAUGGUGAGAUAAGUCACUAUGUGAUCCUGCGUGAUGGACAGGAGCGCUACCGUGGCACUGAUCGUAGCUUCACUGAUGCGGGAGGAAUCCGACCUUUUCAGGAGUAUGUGUACCAGCUCAGAGCUUGUACUGCCGCCGGCUGCACAGACAGCUCAAAAGUUGUGGCAGUGACUGUCCAGGGGGAGCCAGAGGGAAUCGCUGCUCCGGUGGUGAGCGCGCUGGGGCCCAGGGCCCUAAGGAUCACCUGGGUAGUUCCAGCCAAACCGAACGGUAUCAUCCGGGAGUACCGCAUCAAUCAGAGCACCAUUGGAGUCAUCCACACACAUACAGAAGGGGAGAUGGCUUAUAAUGUCACAGGUCUGGAGCCUCACACCAACUACAGCUUCAUUGUUGUUGCAUGCACUGCAGCUGGCUGUGGAGCAAGUCAGCCAUCUAUGGGCCGCACACUGGAAGAUGCACCAGCAGAUGUGUGGACAGUGCCCAGACAUAUCCAGUUGAACUCCUCAGCAGUGGAGCUUCACUGGAGCCAACCUCUCAAACCCAAUGGCCUGCUCUCUCAGUAUCGGCUGCUGCGUGACGGAGUGGUCGUCUUCACCGGUGACGGAGGAGAGAUGAGCUACAUAGACACUGGCCUUCAGCCCAACACCAGAUAUGUGUACGAGUUGGAGGCCAACACCGGCGGCGGGAGCAGUCUCAGUGAUCGAUACGUCAUUCAGACCCCCAUCUCCUCCCCAGAAAGGAUUCCUCCUCCGUAUAAUGUCAGCCUCCAUGGCCCUCGCUCCGUCUUUGUUGCCUGGUCACCCCCAGGUGUGUAUAAUUCAAGUGCCCCUUUGGAAUAUAACGUCCUGCUCAAUGCAGGCACUGAGCGGCCCCUCAUCCGCCGUGCUGGACCAGAGCACUUCCUGUUACUGCAAGGAUUGGACCCCUAUACCAUCUACCACAUUCAAGUACAGGCCUGUCAGCCAGAUGGUUGUGGUGUAGGACAGGGGCUGUCUGUUCGGACCCCUGAAGCUGCUCCCUUAGCUCAGGACCCUCCAGUUCUCAAAGCUGCCGGUGCGGCCGUUAUCGUGGUCUGCUGGAGUCCGCCAAACAAACCCAACGGCCUCAUCACUAGCUACUUCAUUUACAGGCGGCCAACUGGAACUCAAGAGGAGCUGCUGGUGUUCAUCUGGACCGAAGGUCCCCUAGAAUUCAUCGAUGCCUCAGAUUCCCUUCUACCGUUCAGUGAAUAUGAAUACAGAGUCAGCGCCGACAACUCUAAAGGCUCUGCCUCCAGCUCCUGGACCUCCGUCCGAACUCUAGAGGCAGAACCACAGGGAAUGGACACGCCCUCGGCCCGCCCUGCCAGUGCCUACUCGCUUCUGCUGAGCUGGACCCAGCCUAGCAUGCCAAACGGAAUGAUCUCCAACUACAGAGUGGUGUACCAGAAACUACCCAACGAUCCUACGUUCAACUCCACAACUGUUACUGCUCUUACAGUUCUGGUAAUACUCUUAUCUCCCAUCAAUUUGAUACAUUAUGUGAGAAGUUUGUUAUUAUGUGAUAAAUUAACCAUGUGGAAAGAAGCUCAUGUGUUUGGGUUGGAGCCAUACACCACAUAUAAUGUGCGUGUAGAAGCAGUUAAUUGAGCAGGUCAGGUGUCUAGUCCUUGGACCACCAUUCAGACCCUUGAAGCCACUCCAAGUGGCCUGGCUAACUUCAGCGUGGAGAAGAGAGAACACAGCAGAGCACUACUGCUACAGUGGGCUGAACCAGCCUCUCCAAAUGGAGUCAUCAAAAUGUACAAUAUCUUCAAUGAGGACAACCUGGAGUUCAGCGGCCUCGCACGUCAAUUCCUCUUCCACCGCCUGGAACCCUACACUGUGUACACACUCAUUCUUGAAGCUUGCACCGAAGCGGGCUGUACAAGGACUGCACCUCAAUGCAUUACCACAGAGGAGGCCGCCCCGUCCUCUCAACCGGCUCCUACGGUACAGCAGGUCCAAUCCCGCAGCGUGGAGCUCUGCUGGUCUCCACCUGCCCACCCCAACGGCAGGAUCCUGCAGUAUGAGGUUCUGGCUGUAAGUCUAGAGGAUGGCAGAGUACGGAGUGAUGAAGAUGACUCAAUGAGAGCCAAGAUUGUGUUCAUCCAGAACGACACCCAGGCUAACAGCUUCUCCUAUAAUAUGUCUGGCCUUCUGCCCUGGAGCAGGUACAAAUUUCGAGUGCGCGUAUCAAAUGCGGCAGGAUAUACCAAUAGCCCGUGGCUCACAGUUCAAACCAAACAAGCUCCUCCUAGGGGGUUGGCUCCUCCGGCUGUCAGUCAUGUAGAGGGCAAGCCUAAUGAAGUCUUAGUAGCUUGGACACCUCCUUUGGAGCCCAAUGGUGUUCUUCUGACCUACAGGAUUCAGAGGGACAACGUUGGCUUCCAUUUCAGCUUCGACUCAAGUGUGUUCAACUACACUGAUGUGGAUUUAACUGCAUACACUCUCUAUAGUUACGCAGUCAUUGCCUGCACCGUGGCUGGGUGUGUUACCAGUGAGCCGACUCAGAUCAGGACAUUAGAAGCCGCCCCUGCCAACGUAGAGCCGCCUAGGGUGUCUGAUGUCACUUCCUAUUCACUCAAUGUGUCAUGGUCUGUUCCAUCCAUCCAGAAUGGUGAGACUGUGGUGUAUAUUCUAAAAACUGGAGAUGAGGAGGUCUACCGAGGGAAACAGUUAAGUGCACAGGUUUUUGAUCUUCAGCCACAUGUUUCCUACAUCCUCAUCUUGGUGGCUUGCACCAAUGGUGGCUGCACUGCCAGUUCGCCCACUUCAGUACUGACAAGAGAAGCACCACCCUCAGGGAUGCCCGCCCCAUCUCUAAAAGUCACAGGCCCUGAAUCGGUUGAGGUCACGUGGAGAGAGCCCAUCCAGCCCAAUGGAGUAAUCAUAGGAUAUGAACUCCGUCGAAAUGGGAGCCUCAUUUACACUGGCAUGGACACCCGUUACCAUGACUUCACCUUACUUCCAAGCAUCGCGUACAGCUACACCAUCACUGCCAAUAACAGUCAAGGAGCCACUACCAGUCUGCCAACUGUGGCCAGGACACAGCCUUCAGCGCCCUCUGGUGUGGCUCCCCCCAGACUGCAGACUCUGGGGCCAUUCAGCAUUAUGGUGCAGUGGGACCCCCCUGCACGACCUAACGGGGUCAUCAUCAGCUACUCGCUUUACAAACGGGACCCAGCUGAGCCAGAUAUGAAACGCUUAAUUUUCGCUUCACACCACAGUGCAUUUCAGAGCCGAAGUUUCUCCCUUACUGCACUAAAGCCCUACUACAGGUAUGAGGUCAGAGUGGAGGCCUGCACCCUGUUAGGCUGUGCUGCUAGUGACUGGUCUUCAAUACAGACGCUUGAGUCGCCUCCUGCUGGACAACCUGCCCCGCUGCUGGAGCUGCAAACUAACCCUAAGGGCAUACAGACAGUCUUUCUGCUGUCCUGGUCUCCUCCAGCUGAGCCGAACGGAAAACUUUUGCACUACGAGCUUUACCGAAAACACGCUUUAGACAAGGAAAGCCGAUCUGUAACUACACUGGUCUACCGCAACUCCUCAACCUCCUGCCAUGAUGACAAACUCCUGCCCUACACAUCCUACGAAUACCAGGUGUGGGCUGUAAACUCAGCAGGUCAUGCUGGUAGCCCCUGGGCUCAAGGUCGCACAGGUCCAGCUCCUCCAGAGGGGUUGAGCCCGCCUAAAUUCUUGCACAUCCACGCCACCUCAGCUGUGGUGGAUAUCAGCCCACCCACCAAGCCAAAUGGCAUUGUCAGCCUCUACAGAGUCUUCGCACAAAACAAAGACUCAUACCAGCUGAUGUCUGAGGGGACGUCCCACCAGCAAACUCUCCACGGUCUUAGGCCCUUCACUGUGUAUUCUGUAGGUGUGGAGGCCUGCACCUGUUUCCUGUGCUGCAGCCGAGGUCCCUUAAGUGAGCUCCGCACCCAGGCCUCUGCCCCUGACCAGCAGCCCCUGCCACGUCUAGUCGCCCUUACCUCCCGCUCAGCUCUGGUGGAGUGGGACAUGCCUCUUCAACCCAAUGGCAUCAUUGAAAGCUGUGAGCUCCACGUGCGGUCAUCCUGUCCUCAGCCGCUGCAGCCUGUCCCUGUAACCUGUGUCAUGGGCCCUGUGGAGAUCAAGUUCUUUGGAAUGAGGCAGAGCUUCAACAUCACUGACCUACUGCCCUAUGCCAACUAUGAGCUGUGUGUAGUGUCUUAUAAUAACAUGGGCAGCACUGCGUCUGACUGGAUCUCCAUCACCACACUCAAAGAAUCUCCUCAAUAUAAAGAGGCAUUUGUGGUGCACAGUAACAUUACCACAGUGUUUGUGGACUGGAGCGGCUCUUUCUCUUUGAACGGGCCUCUGAGAGAAUACAGCCUAACCGAGAACAACCUGCGCAUCUACAGCGGCUUCCACAGCUCUCUGCACAUCCCACGCACCUCUGAUAAAACCUUUGCAUUUCAAGUUACCUGCACCACUGACAGCGGCAGUGCCAGCUCUCCUGUAAUUAAAUACAACACAGCCACCGGUGUAGAUGCCAUGGAGUCGAGUUCUGGAGGUAAAACAGGUUUGUAUGGGGCUGAAUACAAGUUCUAUACAGAGUUGUGGUUCAUCAUUCUCAUGGCGUUCCUGUGGCUGCUGCUGCUGGCUCUGAUAAUGGGUCUGGUGCUGAGAAGAGCCCUAAGCAAGCCCCCCUUCAUCAGGGAGAGACCUCCAAUAAUGCCCCUUCAGAGGAGAAGUACCAAGUAUCCGCCUAAUGACACCUAUCUGAGACCUUCCUCUGAACUCUGCUCUAACCAUGCUUCUACUGCUCUGCUUCAGCCUGAUGCACCCAUGGGUUUGACUGAUACUAAGAUCAGCACCAGCAACCACAGCUAUCAGGCCAGCAUGUCUGUACUGCGUGUUCCCAGCCAGAGCCAGCUCAGCCAUGCCUAUUCCCAGAAUUCCUUGCAUCGGAGUGUUAGUCAGCUGAUCGACACCCAGGAUAAGAAAUCUCUGGGCGGUGGAGCAUGGGACACUGACCUGCACAUGGCACUGACAGCGGGCAUGUAUGUGGGGGAUGAGGAGUUUGGGGAGACGAUUAAAAGCUACAGCUCAGUGAAGAAGGAGCAAACCAUGUUUACAGACACUCACUUGUAAAGCGAUCACAAACACACACCUACUGUGGAAAACAUUCUUGCAGUGGAAUGUAAUGAGAAGUUGUAUUUCACAAUGCUGGAAUUUUUUUUGGUUUUGUUAUUAGUCAGAGAUAUAAUGGUCACUUAUUAGCAGAUAUUCCACUGGUGCCACCUCAAAAAAGUGCAUGAUGUAGCUGCAUAUAUAUACACCUAAUCAGUUCUUUAGAGGAGGUGAAGGCUUACAGUACAGGAUAAGCAGCAUAUACUUCUAUUGACUUUUUUAAAUAGGGUUUAGUUAAGUCUGAUUUCAUACUUGUAGAUGUUAUUAUCAGACAUAGAUUAUCUUUUGCUGUAAUAUGUGCUUAAAACAAAUGCAGAGAGGAAGCAAACUGUUCUGAAAAUAGCACUGUAUUAUUAUAGCUUUAAAUGGAGUCUUAUGACUAGCUGUGUAGCUAUGAAAUAUUACCACAAUCAUAAAGUAUUAAUGAACUGAGUCUCCAAAUUAUUCAUGCCAACAUAGAGAGGAAGUCUGUCUCUUCUGUCUCUACAAACACAUGAAUGAGGAAGAUAUUCAAUCCAUUAGACAUCUCCUAGACUUGUCUGUAUUAAUGGAAAUGUUAGCUAAUGUUGUGUUGUGCCUGUUAGACUGAGCAAUAGUGUGAACAUUUGUGAUGAUGCCAAUGGAUCAAGUGUCUUAAAUGUUCAACUCCAAAUAUUGUCAUCAUUGUUACGUGGAAGGUUUUUUUUUUUUAUCAAAGGUUGUUUUAAACCUGUAAAGUGUGAAUAUAUUUAAUUAUACAUGCAUAUUUUUCACAUAGAGAUAAUGAAAAAAAAAAUGAAACAGCACUAUCCUAAA